AAUACACAAAGUAAGACCAGCAGCUGAAUUAUUUCGAUUCUAACACAAAUAUGAAACAUAAAUUGAUAAUGCUUUAAGAGUUGAGACAAUACUAUACUACUCAUAUCAAUUAAGUGAAAGAAGUUGAAAAAAUGUUCAAAAUGUUUAAAAAAAUAAUUUGCAAAGGAAUGAAGCGGAUGGUUCAAUGGCGGACGUUGGUAUAUUUUGUAUUAUUUGCAGAUGUUUUACUAUUACAUAUGAUUUUCGCUGGAUCUCAAGCAAAACCAAGAAUCGUUAAUCAGAAUAUCAGUUUCGUAAGACCAAAAAAAUAUACUUUGGAAAUUCCAGGACAAAAUUGCUCAGUCAUUUACAAAGAUUUGGUUGGUCUACUUAGAGUUCGAAAGAACUAUCCACCUAAAAAUAAUUUCAAUUCGGAGCCACCUAUCGAGGUUCAAUCGACAUACAAAACUGAUGGGAGAGGGCGCUGGUUUCCAGUCGUUUGUCAACCAAGACAAAGAACUGUCAUAAUUAUUCCAUUUAGGGAUCGAGACGAUCAUCUAAAAUAUUUCAUUGAACAUUAUGUUAAAAUUCUUCAAAGACAGCUACUCGAUUACACUAUCAUAGUUGUAGAGCAGGAUUAUACCCACGCAUUUAACAGGGGAAUGUUAUUUAAUAUUGGAUACAAAGAAGCUCUUUCAUUAAGCGAUGGGAAUCAAGCUCCUCUAUGUUUAAUACUGCAUGACGUCGACCUACUCUUAGAAAACGAUCGCUUGAUCUACGAGUGUUC